AUGCGUUGCUCGUAUCUCCUGCGAGGAGAUGUUGUACGAGAUGGAAUUGUUGCUCGUUGCUAUAGCGAAGAGGUAACAACGAGAAGCAUUGUUGCUCGCCACGAUGACGAGGAGAUAAUUCAUAAUGAAAAAUUGUUGCUCGUUGAUGUGCCGGAGAAGAUAGUGACGAGGAGGAUUCUCUGGGAGCUUUGCUCAAGUGUCAAAUCUCAUUCUUUGAAUCCUCUUCGAAUUCAAGGUAGGAUGGAGUCUAUUGCUGAUCGCAUGUUGAAGGCUGCAGUCAAUGAAAGAGCGUCAGGCAAGGGAAAGAAGAAAAAGGUGGCAGCCAAGAGUCCCCCGCGAAUCCGUCUUGGGACUCCUGUUGCGCAAGGGUGCUCAUCGCGGGGAGGUGGUUCUGGUACUCCUUCCUCUGUUCAGCAUCCUCCUCAGAAGAGGGCGAGGGAAGGUGAUCGUCCUGAGACAGGCAUGGGAGAAAUGACCGGCUUUCCUGUUCCCCGGUGUUAUACUGUGUCCAGAUUUUUUGACAUGUACCCUCCUGUGAUCGCUGAUGCUGAGAAGGUUGCCCUGCUCGUGUGA